AUGACUAUGACCGAUCAAACUAGACAGGGAGCUCUCAACUUGAUUAAUAGAAUACGCUCACAAGUUGCGUUGGGUCAAUUUCAAGCAGCGGAAUUCCUGCAGUCUGCAAAUGAUAUGAACAAAUUGCGCAAUCAUAAAUGUUCGGUGUUCAAGAGAUGGGACUGCGACUUGGAGACGAUGGCUCAAACAGCUGUUGUAAACUGCCCUCAAAAUCCACCUCCAGCAUCAGUGACAAACGGGAUGAAUUAUCUUGCCUUCGGUCCAGGAGCACCAAUGGACAAUGCCAUUGAGUUUGCAAUUCUCGACUGGACCGAUAUUACAAGCAUGAUGUGGCCAGCUAACAAUAUCUACAAUGGAAAUCCAGCUUUGCUUUAUUUCGCUAAUUUGAUUCGUGCAACAACAACUGAUGUUGGUUGCGCCAGCACUGCAUGUGGUAAUCGCGCUGCAGCUGCAUGUGUCUUCUCACAACCUAAUGCGCAACCUGGGACAUUAGUGUACACGACUGGAAAUCCAUGUCAAAAUGACGACGAAUGUAUUGCAUUCGCUCCAGCCUUUUGUGAUUCUGGUCUUUGCGUGAACGCUGCAAGACCAGCUACAACAAUGAUAACACCAACAGUCUUACCUCCAACAACAUCAUCAACAACAAGAACAACCGCGACCACAGCCACAACAACAACUAGGAAAAGAAGCACGGAAUGUCCAAGCACGGCGUUCAGCUCUGCUUUCAGGGAGACCGCUUUGGGAAUGCAUAAUAAUUUCAGAUCCCUAGUUGCAAGAGGUCGAGCAGUAAACGCUGAGCAUCCUGGCGAGUUUGCUCCACCGUCUUCACGAAUGGACUUGCUGGAAUAUGACUGCACUGCGGAGGCAUUCGCUCAUAACCACGUGAGAUCCUGUGAUAGAAGAGAAUCUUCACCUGCGGCUCGACCUGGUUACCAAGAAAACAUUCAUAUCCUCGCAACAACAGCUACCGAUGCCUUAGGUGCUAUUCAGAAUGUAGGAUAUUAA